CUGGCUGAACACAACAAUGACGGAAAAUAGAAAAGUUUUAAACACCAAUGAUCUUGACGGAUUUGACAAGAGGAAACUGCCUUCCCCGGGAUUUCAGGUUGAGGUUGUGCUGGUAGAUUCCAACGGCAUUGUUACUUCAACACCCAACACUGAAACUGCUGCCAAGAAAACAGAUGAAAGCUCGGGGACUUCUCCUGCAUCAGUUGAUGAGGGUGCAUCCAGACCAAGCCAAAACAAAGACUCGAAAGGUCGUGAUAAAGAUGAUGUUUUUUCGGAUAGUGAGGCAGAGGAAAUCGGUUCUUCAAAGAGCAGGCAAGCAGAAGCAGCUUCUGCAGCAAGAGGAACUGUCAUCAAUACCACCUCCAGUUCUGAGACUAGGACAAAUUCAGAUCAAAUUGCAAGUGUAUCUCGUGAGACUGAACAUUUAUCUCUGGGAAACACUGGCCCAACACAGAUGCAUGUUGAUAGUGAGCGUAAAAGUGAUGCUGUUGGUGGAGCUGUACCAGCCCUUGAGGUGCCCAACACAGAAAGUGAAUUCAAGGCAAUGGCUGCUGAUGCUUCUGUCUUUACAUUUGGAGAUGAUGAGGACUUCGAAAGUGAAUAAACCGGUGCGUUGGAUUGUUUGCUUUAAAUUCAGAUAAUUUGUACAUAAAAUGGCUUGCUAGUUGUAAAUGCACCAAUUGCUUAUAAGAUGGUCAUGUUCAAUCCAUUUGUUUACUUGGUAAUGUAACGUCUGGUUCGGUUCUGGUGUAUUGGAUUGUUAAAUAAAAUAUUUGGCUGGACGUGAGAAUAAUUUUUAUAUUAUGAAUUUGUUUUAUUA